GGCGGGGCGGGGCGCGCCGGACCCGGACAAAAGCCGGAUCCCGGGCGGCCGCUGGCGGCCGGAACGCGGGCGCUGGCGAGCGUUCUGGAGCGGAGCUUCAAGGAGGCGGAGACAAGGUCCCUCUGCAGCCAUGUCCGCCAAGGCCAUCUCGGAGCAGACGGGCAAAGAGCUGCUGUACAAGUACAUCUGCACCACCUCGGCCAUCCAGAACCGCUUCCAGUAUGCCCGGGUCACCCCUGACACCGACUGGGCCCGCCUGCUGCAGGACCACCCCUGGCUGCUAAGCCAGAGCCUGGUGGUCAAGCCCGACCAGCUGAUCAAGCGGCGGGGGAAGCUGGGCCUGGUCGGCGUCAACCUCACCCUGGAGGGGGUCAAAUCCUGGCUGAAGCCGAGGCUGGGACAGGAGGCCACGGUGGGCAAGGCCAGGGGCUUCCUCAAGAACUUCCUGAUCGAGCCCUUCGUGCCACACACUCAGGCAGAAGAGUUCUACGUAUGCAUCUACGCCGCCCGCGAGGGGGACUAUGUCCUCUUCCACCACGAGGGCGGCGUGGACGUGGGCGACGUGGACGCGAAAGCCCAGAAGCUGUUGGUCGGCGUGGAUGGGAAGCUGUGUGCCGAGGACAUCAGGAAACACCUGCUGGUGCACGCGCCCACGGACAAGAAAGAGGUCCUGGCCAGCUUCAUCUCCGGCCUCUUCAACUUCUACGAGGACCUGUAUUUCACCUACCUCGAGAUCAACCCCCUGGUAGUGACAAGAGACGGCGUUUACGUCCUUGACUUGGCGGCCAAGGUGGACGCCACCGCUGACUACAUCUGCAAAGUGAAGUGGGGCGACAUAGAGUUCCCUCCCCCGUUUGGGCGCGAGGCCUACCCCGAGGAAGCCUACAUCGCAGACCUGGACGCCAAGAGCGGGGCCAGCCUGAAGCUGACCUUGCUGAACCCCAAGGGCAGGAUCUGGACCAUGGUGGCCGGGGGUGGCGCCUCCGUGGUGUACAGUGACACCAUCUGUGACCUGGGGGGCGUCAACGAGCUGGCCAACUACGGGGAGUACUCGGGCGCCCCCAGCGAGCAGCAGACCUAUGACUAUGCCAAGACCAUCCUGUCGCUCAUGACGCGCGAGAAGCACCCGGAUGGCAAGAUCCUUAUCAUCGGCGGCAGCAUCGCCAACUUCACCAACGUGGCUGCCACCUUCAAGGGCAUUGUGAGAGCGAUUCGUGACUACCAAGGUCCCCUGAAGGAGCACGAGGUCACCAUCUUCGUCCGGAGAGGCGGCCCCAACUACCAGGAGGGCUUGCGGGUGAUGGGCGAAGUGGGGAAGACCACAGGCAUCCCCAUCCACGUCUUUGGCACAGAGACACACAUGACGGCCAUCGUGGGCAUGGCCCUUGGCCACCGGCCCAUCCCCAACCAGCCCCCCACGGCGGCCCACACCGCCAACUUCCUGCUCAACGCCAGCGGGAGCACGUCGACCCCGGCCCCGAGCAGGACUGCGUCUUUCUCCGAGUCCAGGGCUGAGGAGGUGGCUCCUGCGAAGAAGGCCAAGCCGGCUGUGCCCCAGGAUUCAGACCCAAGUCCAAGACCCCUGCAAGGAAAGAGCGCCACCCUCUUCAGCCGCCACACCAAGGCCAUCGUGUGGGGCAUGCAGACGCGGGCCGUGCAGGGCAUGCUGGACUUCGACUACGUGUGCUCCCGCGACGAGCCCUCGGUGGCCGCCAUGGUGUACCCCUUCACGGGGGACCACAAGCAGAAGUUCUACUGGGGCCAUAAGGAGAUCCUGAUCCCCGUGUUCAAGAACAUGGCAGACGCCAUGAGGAAGCACCCCGAGGUGGAUGUGCUGAUCAACUUCGCCUCCCUGCGCUCGGCCUUCGACAGCACCAUGGAGACCAUGAGCUACGCCCAGAUCCGCACCAUCGCCAUCAUAGCAGAGGGCAUCCCCGAGGCCCUCACGCGGAAGCUCAUCCAGACGGCGGAGCAGAAGGGCGUGACCAUCAUCGGGCCUGCCACUGUGGGAGGCAUCAAGCCGGGCUGCUUUAAGAUCGGGAACACCGGGGGGAUGCUGGACAACAUCCUGGCCUCCAAGCUGUACCGGCCGGGCAGCGUGGCCUACGUGUCCCGCUCGGGGGGCAUGUCCAACGAGCUCAACAACAUCAUCUCGCGCACCACCGACGGCGUCUACGAGGGCGUGGCGAUCGGCGGGGACAGAUACCCCGGCUCCACCUUCAUGGACCAUGUGCUGCGGUACCAGGACACCCCGGGGGUCAAGAUGAUCGUGGUGCUCGGAGAGAUCGGGGGCACGGAGGAGUACAAGAUCUGCCGCGGCAUCAAGGAGGGCCGGCUCACCAAGCCCGUGGUGUGCUGGUGCAUCGGGACCUGCGCCACCAUGUUCUCCUCUGAGGUCCAGUUUGGCCACGCUGGAGCCUGUGCCAACCAGGCGUCCGAAACCGCAGUGGCCAAGAACCAGGCCCUGAAGGAGGCGGGCGUGUUUGUGCCGCGCAGCUUUGACGAGCUUGGCGAGAUCAUCCAGUCCGUAUACGAGGAUCUUGUGACCAGAGGCGUCAUUGUGCCUGCCCAGGAGGUGCCUCCCCCCACGGUACCCAUGGACUACUCCUGGGCCAGGGAGCUGGGUCUCAUCCGCAAACCUGCCUCCUUCAUGACCAGCAUCUGCGACGAGCGCGGCCAGGAGCUCAUCUACGCUGGCAUGCCCAUCACAGAGGUCUUCAAGGAGGAGAUGGGUAUCGGCGGCGUCCUGGGCCUGCUCUGGUUCCAGAGAAGGCUGCCCAAGUACGCCUGCCAGUUCAUCGAGAUGUGCCUGAUGGUGACCGCCGACCACGGGCCCGCCGUGUCUGGCGCCCACAACACCAUCAUCUGCGCCCGGGCCGGGAAGGACCUGGUCUCCAGCCUCACCUCAGGGCUGCUCACCAUCGGGGAUCGUUUUGGGGGCGCCCUGGACGCAGCCGCCAAGAUGUUCAGUAAAGCCUUCGACAGCGGCAUGAUCCCCAUGGAAUUCGUAAACAAGAUGAAGAAGGAGGGGAAGCUGAUCAUGGGCAUCGGCCACCGUGUGAAAUCGAUCAACAACCCGGACAUGCGGGUGCAGAUCCUGAAGGACUACGUGCGGCAGCACUUCCCCGCCACGCCGCUGCUGGACUACGCGCUGCAGGUGGAGAAGAUCACCACCUCCAAGAAACCAAACCUGAUCCUGAACGUGGACGGCCUCAUCGGGGUGGCUUUCGUCGACAUGCUCAGGAACUGCGGCUCCUUCACUCGGGAGGAGGCCGACGAGUACAUCGACAUCGGAGCCCUCAACGGCAUCUUCGUGCUGGGCCGCAGCAUGGGCUUCAUCGGGCACUACCUGGACCAGAAGAGGCUUAAGCAGGGGCUGUAUCGCCACCCGUGGGACGACAUCUCCUACGUCCUCCCGGAGCACAUGAGCAUGUAGCCGGCCUGGAGGCCUCGCCGUGCAGACAGGAGCUCCCAGAACCAGGGCGAAGACAGCUGGCAGCUGCGGGCGGGGCCCCAGAGAGGCCCCAGACCAAGGCACGGGCCGGCACCAUGCAGUCUUACAAAGCGGCUUACUAUUUUUUUUUAUAAGCAUAGAAGUCGAAAUCAAGCCUACACACGUGACGUUUGCUGUGCUCCCUGCUGUAUUUAUUAUGCAGAAGUAUCCGCCCGCCUUCUGUCCCGGGUGUUCUUCCUGCCGGGGGUUAUAAUGUGGAUUUCGUUCUCCUGUCGGUGAAAUUGUUCCCCCUGGGGAGAGAGGAGAAGUUCAGACUUCAAGAUACACACAAAGGACCCCUGGUGUCUUGUCUUUCUCACUUUGGUUUCUUCCUUCUGAUCUAACAUGAACAUUGUAUUACUCUGAUUUUUAAGGAUCUUUUUGUAUGUUACGUGUUCUGGGUUAUUUAGGAUCCCACCGACAUGUUCACGUCAGUCUGCUGCUGUCGGGUGGGCGGGACCAUGGCACCUUAGCCACCGUCACACCUGGUGGAGUGGUGGUAUAAGGUGUGACAUUUGACACACCUGUGCUUAAAGAAAGCGCUAUGCAGAAAGCUGUGAAACCCCCUUUGCACCCUCUGUUGUUGCGGCUGGCUUGUCUGUCGCCGAGUUUGGGCCCCAGGGCUCCUGCCCGGCCCCCAGUGUCAGGGACCCACAGUGAUGGAGCGGUUGCACCUCCGUCCUUCUCUGUAUUGUCAUAGUUUAGUUUGAAUAAACUAUACAGUAACAGGAAA